GUUCAACAUCCACGAAGCGACAACAGACGUGGUGAACUGCGAAUGAUCACUUCGAGAGCAUCCACCAAACCAUUAUAUUAGGUUCUUGCUUGCCAGUCUUUAUACUCCGGACUCCAUCACCUCGGAUCUUACUAUUCAACCAAAAUGAGUACCGCAAAUCAGGCAGAAGGCGCCGUAAAAUUCUACGAGCCAAAAUCGUGGACCUACGACGACACAUGGCACAGGGACUUCACUCAACGCUUCACAUCCUACCUCGACAUCCAGCCCGGCCAGCAAGUGCUAGACCUAGCAUGCGGUACGGGACUAUUGACCUUCCUCGAAGCCGAAGCCGUAGGUCCCACAGGCCAUGUUCUCGGUGUCGACGUCACGCCCGGCAUGCUUGCCGUAGCCGGCUACAAGAAGAACCAAGGCGGCGACAAAUACGCCAAUAUGUCGUUCGUGAAGGCAGAUAUCUUGCAUUUGGAUGAGAUGGAAGAAAUGAAGGGGAAGACAUUUGAUGUAAUCACUGUGGCUUCUGCUCUCGUUCUAUUCCCAGAUCCAAAGGCUGCGAUUGAGCACUGGGCAAACUAUCUCAAGCCAGGAGGCGUCAUCGCGAUGGACGCGACCCAUCCCAGGAAUCUAGUCUCGGGCAUGGUGCUCGAACGCGUGGCUCGCCGUCUGGAUCUUCCUAUCCCGUACAAUCGUGAGUGGAGCAGGUCGGAAUCGACGCUCAAGAACAUGCUUGAAAGUGCUGGUCUGGAAGUGGAGAAAGUCGUUACGGUGGACAGCCAAGCUGGGUAUGGCAAGCGGUUCUACGACAUGGAGCAGUGGGAUGAUUUCUUUGUGGAGAACGUGAUUGUCAAGGAUGUUGCGAGGACGUUUGCAAGCAAUGAUAUCCGCAGGAAAGCACAAGGCGUUUACAAGGAGGAAUGGGAGAAGCUGGCGAUUGAUGGCAAGGUGGAGGAGAUAGACGCAGUCUUUUUGGGUAUUGCGCGGAAACCUGCCGAUGACUCAAGAUACAUCCCCGAAGCCAUCAAAGACGAAGCAGUCUUCACAGGUGGUUGCCGCUGCGGUGCUGUCCAAUACACCUCCAACGCCCGCCCAUCAGACAUCGUCUUGUGCCAUUGCCGCACCUGCCAACACGUCUCCGGCUCCAGCUACCUCCCCUUUGUCAGCCUAUCCAGAUCGGCUUUUAAGUUCACCUCAUCUUCCACUCUCAAAACCCUCAAGUUCUCAGAUGUAGCCGAGCGAACGUUCUGCAACAGCUGCGGCACUCCCAUCACUAUGAGUUACUCCUUCAGUGCUGACCACUUGAGCGUGACGAUGAGCUCGGUUAAUCUAGAGAGCAUGCGAGGCGAGCAGCCUCGAGUCAAGAAACACAUCUACGUUGGAGAAAAAGCGCCUUGGGUCGUGCUGCCGGACGAUGGAGCCGAGCGUUGGGGAACAUCGGAGGACGCGCAUUUGAUCAAAUUUGCUCAGACAAAUUAGUGUGGUGCGGCCAUCGCAGUGGGGUGAGUAAGUCGGAGGUGCGCAGAUGA